UAAAUCGUCCGUAGAGUGGAGCAGGUGGGCGUUCCCCUGCGCAACACAGCGCUGCUGGAACUGAGCGCAGUCACUUUGUAAACAUAUUUGCGGCUCGUCUUCGACGCUUUAGUGAAAUGCUGCAGCUGAAUGACAGCGUAGACCCUGAGAGCCCGGGUGCGGCUGUUUUACAUCCGGCUGACUGUGAUGAUGGGCUGGAGGUGGUGGCCCGAUCUGGAGCUUCAGUGGCCUGCUGCACUCCGCUACAGACCCUCACGCCUUUCCAUGUCCACAACCCAACCAUGCGAGCUAAAGUCAAAGAUUAUUUCGUCUUUAGGCCAGGGACGAUAGAGCAGGCGGUCAAUGAUAUCCGCACGGUUGCAUUGCCUUCAGAGGAUGGAGAGGUUCUUAGCGUGUGGCUGUUAGCAGAAAUUGAUCACUGGAACAAUGAAAAAGAGAGACUGGUACUUAUAACUGAGAGGUCUUUGUUGGUGUGCAAAUAUGACUUCAUAAACCUCCAGUGUCAGCAGGUCAUCAGAAUUUCCCUGAACGCCGUGGACACGAUCUCAGUCGGCGAGUUUGAGUUUCCCCCAAAAUCCCUCAACAAGAGAGAGGGAACCGGUAUCCGUGUCCAAUGGGAUAAGCGACCAAGACCUUCAUUCGUAAAUCGCUGGAACCCCUGGUCCACUGACAUACCCUACGCCACCUUCACCGAACACCCCAUGGCACAUGCUGAUGAAAAGGUGGCCUCCCUCUGCCAGCUUGAGAAUUUCAAGACGCAGCUCGUCCAGGCUGUGAAAAAAGCCCAUAAAGACUACCCCAUCCCGGGACGAGCCAAUGGCGUGCUGAUACUGGAGCGGCCGCUCCUGAUCGAGACUUACCUGGGCAUCAUGUCCUUCAUCAACAACGAAGCCAAACUGGGCUACGCCAUGACAAGGGGAAAAAUCGGCUUUUAACUCCUGAAUUCUCCCUCCAUCUUUCUCAUCCUCCAGUCAAGUGCUGUUUUUGAGUGAUACUGCUACUCUUGAGUAUGUGAGUCCAGUACAUACAUGUUUUGUUGUUUGGAUGUAUAUAGCGUGUGAAAUGUGCCAGGCAGUGACGUGGUCGCUGCAACAGGAUGUGCCUGGAUGAAGCCAAUGCCAAUCUAAAAGCCCUCUUCCUCUAUUCAAGUUUCUAAUGCGGUUGAAUGGUUUGAAGAUGCAGUUUGUGUGUGUUACUGGCAUGCUUUAUUGACCAUUGAAUAUUUUUAACAGAAAUUUUGGCAGACUUAAGGAAGCCUUUUUCAAUUAAGAUGGUUUAGGGUUCAUCUGCUGACUCUCCUAGGGUGCAUUUGAAAAUGGUUAGACUGUGCAAACAGUAUUGGAGCAAAAUGCAAGAGCUUCAAGAUAAGUUUCAACUGUUUUGUAAACUGAAUGCGGCAACUUAAAAACUCAUGGCAGGAUGCUCAAUAAAUAAAUAAAUAAAUAAACGCACAAGAAGCAAUGCAACAAACCUAAACUUCCAUUAGUGUAUGGCUGUAGCAACAGAACUGUAAUAGGAUGGAAUUUAAAAGUCAGCUGAAGAAGAGACUGGACAGACUGAAAUGGGGAACUUUGUCUGUCAGAUCCAACAAUAAGUACAUGUUCAAGAUGCACCGAAUCCAGUGGAAUGUAUUUAAUAUUUUUAUAGUUAAUAAAGAAAUAUAACCUAACCUAGUAUUUAAAGGAGACCUGUUAUGCCCCUUUUUACAAGUCUCAGAUGUCCCCAGAAUGUGUCUGAGAAGUUUCAGCUCAAAAUCCCCCACAGAUUAUUUAUUAUAUCAUUUUGAAAAUGCCUAGUCUGAGUGGAAGCAGAAACACGCUGUUUUCGUGCAUGUCUCUUUAAAUGCAAAUGAGCUGCUGAUCCCCGCCCUCUUUUCCAGAAUAGAGCUGUGCCUUUACAGCUCGUAGCUCAGAUACUUUAAAAAACUGCAAAAAAAAGCAUCUUUUUGGUUUCGAAUAUCAUGUUUGUCAAGCUGAAAUCAUGCAUUGUAAACCAUAUCAGUUUAAACUUAAGAUAAAAUGUUUUCCGAGUACACACAUCUGAAGCACACGCACAGAAAGCGGCUGUCACACGCCAUGUGAGUACUAAACUAAGUUCUUCCAUGUCUUAUUGCACUUAAACUGUCAAAAACACACAAGUUUAUGUAAAAAACAGUCACAAAAACAUGCUUACAGCAGGUGCAGGUAAACAUCUCGGAAAGAAAUCACUUACAUUUAUAUCAUUUAUAUUAGAUGUGUGUGGCAGCAGUGUAAUAUACAGUAAAUAAGUCAAUAAAUCCACUUCUUUCUUAUCUCCUUUGAGGCUGGGACUCUAAACAGUGUUCUGUGCUCGUGCAGUCAAAGACAGCACAGUUAACAUGCUUGGCUCUAACUUUUGCCAUGGCUUUAGAACUGGUACACCAUUGUCGAUUGCGAAAACACAAUGACGGCACCGUGGUUGGAAACGUGCAGAUUAAGAGGCGGUAAUAUUAUAAUAAGAUCCCCUUACUAUGCCACGAAAUCUGAGCGGCUCAUUUUUUCACAUGCUUGCAAAAAAAGGCUUACCAAAGCAAAGUUACUGGGUUGUCCUUUUUCACAUUUUCCGGUUUGGUAGAUGCACUGGGGACGAUUAUAACACUUAAACAAGGGAAAAAGUCAGAUUUUCAUUAUAUGUCACCUUUAAAGAAAUUACUUUUACUUAAAAUGUGAUUUCACCUACUAGUAUAACAUACUAGUAUGUUGUCAUUUGAACCAGGACAAUAUAAGAGCCAGUAACCAAACAGGUUACAAUGAAUAAAGCUUAUUCGCGAUUAUUUAAAUCGUGUUACUCCUUUCCAACUAAUGUAAAAACAUGUUGCAUUCUGAACAUUUACUUGGCAUGUUGGAUUUCGGUCAGUCGUGAUGAAAAUCAGGCCAGAUGUUUAUCUUGUAUUUUGAUGUACAUCCGAGUGUAACGGAUGUUAACAGAAAAAGGGUAGGAAUCUGGUUGUGUGCAUGGGUUGUUGAUGUGGUUGUUUGUAGGGAUGUUUUUAAGUGCACUAAAUUAUUGGAGAAAUCCUGCAUAUGUCACCUGUGAGAUGUCUCACUGGUAGGUUCAUUUAGGACAUUUUGAUUAAACAAUAUGAGGUCAAAAACUAUUCAAAAAAAUUAAACGUAUGCAUGGAUGAAUGAUUAAUAAUACAAUCUAUAACAUGCAUUUGAAAAAAUAGAUUUCCGUUUCAUGGCAACUUUAAACGGCAGUGGAGUUUGGGAGAUUCGUCCGUUUUUUUUUUUAAUGGUGUAAAAAAAAACAAAAAAAAAAACACCAUUCAUGAAACACAAUCAGAACAAUUGUUAAUUUUUCAGUUGAAUGUAAAUUUUCAUAUUAAUUCAAUGUUCACAACUGAUCGCAAAACAACUUUUUUUUUUUUCACAAA